AUGUCGAGUAGCACACUAAAAGAGACUUCGGCGGUCGCUGAAACGCAUACGCUGUCAGAGACUCAAUCUCUGCCAGAUGAUACUCCUAGGAAGGGAUCAUUUUUCAAUACCGUUCGUCGUUACAUCUGGGAUGAUCCCAAUAAGUCUCCCAAAGAAAAAUGGUUCCUGUUCAAGCUCGAUAUCUUCUUGCUCACCAUAUCCUGUCUCGGAUAUUUCAGCAAGAAUCUCGACCAGGCCAAUGUGAGUAAUGCAUAUGUCUCCGGAAUGUCAGAAGCACUUAAAAUGGAAGGCAAUGAGUUGACGUAUGCCGGUAACGUCUUUACGGCGGGCUAUGUUCUCGGUCAAUUACCUGCUGUCAUCUUGGUCACUCGUAUUCGUCCUUCCAUUCUCAUUCCUACUCUGGAAAUAUUCUGGUCGAUUUUUACGUUCUGCUCUGCUGCCGUCAAGACUACUUCCCAACUAUACGCCAUACGAUUUCUACUUGCCAUCUGUGAAGGCACUUAUUUUCCGACUGUUGUAUACAUCAUUGGCUCAUGUUUUGCCGGCAUGUUCAGCGGAUACCUCCAAGCCGGUGCAUACAAGGGCCUGAAUGGCGUACUGGGUCACGCCGGUUGGCAAUGGCUGUUUAUUGUCUGCGGAAUAAUCAGUCUACCCAUCGGUAUCGCAGGAUACUUCUUCUACCCAGAUUUUCCUGAAACGACCCGCGCAUUCUAUAUCAGCAAAGAUGAAGCAGAAUGGGCUCAAAAACGCUUGAUUGCAGAUGGUAUGAAACCUCUCGGAGCAUCUCCCUGGGAUCGUACAAAGAUCUCCCGUAUCAUGAAACAAUGGCAAUUCUGGGUUUUGCCACUUGGAUACUUCCUAGUUCAAGGAAGCUACCCAAUUCAACAGCCAGCUUUUGCCCUCUGGCUUAAAUCAACCGGCCAUUCUGUUUAUCAAAUCAAUGUCUGGCCUACUGGCCAGUAUGCCGUUGGUGUGGUGACGCAGUUACUUGCUGGGAUCAUUUCUGAUUCCCCCAUCUUCCGAGGUAAACGCUGGCAAACUCUUAUAGCCAUGCAAGUUCCCACAAUAUUUGGUUGUAUCGUGCUCGCUGUCUGGGAUGUUCCCGUCGGCCUCAAAUAUGCGGCCUAUUAUCUGACCUUUACGGCUGCCGGUGUCCCUGGUAUAUACUAUGCAUGGUUCUCAGACCUGAUUCCGCAUGAUCACGAGAUGAGAGGGUUUGUUAUUGCCGCCUCAAACAUGUUUAGUUAUAUUCAGUCUAUUUGGUGGACUUUAACGGUCUGGAGGACGGUUCUGUCGCCUCGAUUCCAUGCUGCGUUUAUUGGUGCUGCUAGUUUGGGGGUUGGACUUUGUAUACUGACGGUUGUGUUACAAUUUCUGGAGAAGCAUGAUACUAAAAAGCGAGCUCUAGUGGAUGAGGGAACAAGUGACGAGGAAAUAGCUAGAGCGGACAAUACUUAG